GGCCGGGCGCCGCGGUUCGCUCCGGUGCCCCGGCUCCGUGCCGCCCCCGGUGCCGCGCUGCCCGCGGCGCUGUCGGUCACCGUUUGCUUGCCGUCCCCAGCUCCCAUCGCCACGUCCAGCACCAUCUUCCAGCGGGGCUUCGAGCGGGCGCUGCGCAGGCAGAACAAGGAGCAGGUGCCCCCGGCCGCGGCCCCGGAGCCGCCGCCGCGGAGGCAGCACACCGGCAAGAGCGGCAAGAAGGCGCCGGGCGGCGACGCUGGAGCCCAGCCCGGCCGGUGCCGCUCGCUGGAGGAAGCCGUGAAAGCCGUGAAUCCUGUCUGUGUCACCGUUUGCUUGCCGUCCCCAGCUCCCAUCGCCACGUCCAGCACCAUCUUCCAGCGGGGCUUCGAGCGGGCGCUGCGCAGGCAGAACAAGGAGCAGGUGCCCCCGGCCGCGGCCCCGGAGCCGCCGCCGCGGAGGCAGCACACCGGCAAGAGCGGCAAGAAGGCGCCGGGCGGCGACGCUGGAGCCCAGCCCGGCCGGUGCCGCUCGCUGGAGGAAGCCGUGAAAGCCCUGGACCUGGCGGACCUGCAGAAGGAGCUGCACAAGAGCCGCACUGUGUUCCCCGAGAACCCCUCGGUGUGGGUGAAGGACCUGGCUGGCUACCUCAACUACAAGCUGCAGGCACCCCGGAGCGACCCCGUGCUGAGCCAGCACCCCCACGACUACCCGUACUGCCUGGUGAGCAAGGAGCUGAGGAGCAUCAUCCGCUCCCUGCUGGCCAAGGCCACGGACGUCCUGGAGCUCUUCUUUGACCACUGCAUCUACACCAUGCUGCAGGAGCUGGACAAGGCCCAAGGGGAGUCCCUGCACGGCUACAGGAUCUGCAUCCAGGCCCUCCUGCUGUACAGGCCCCGGAUUGCCACCACCAACCUGGGCAAGUACCUGGAGGUGCUGCGCUCCCACCAGAACCGGCCGGCCAAGUGCCUGACCGUCCUGUGGGCGCUGGGGCAGGCUGGAUUCACCGACCUCCACGAGGGCCUGAAGGUGUGGCUCGGCGUCAUGCUCCCGGUGCUCGGCAUCAAGUCCCUCUCUCCCUACGCCGUUUCCUACCUGGACCGGCUCCUGAUGAUGCACCCCAACCUCACCAAAGGCUUCGGCACGAUCGGCCCCAAGGACUUCUUCCCCCUCCUGGACUUCGCCUUCAUGCCCAACAACUCGCUGUCGCCCAGCCUGCAGGAGCAGCUGCGGCGCCUGUACCCCCGGCUGAAGGUGCUGGCCCUGGGCGCCCGGCCCGAGGCUGCCCUGCACACCUACUUCCCCUCCUUCCUGUCCCGAGCCACGCCUGCCUGCCCGCCCGCCAUGAAGGAGGAGCUUCUGACCUCCUUGAGCCAGUGCCUGAGCCUGGACCCUCUGAGCUUCAGCGUCUGGAGGCAGCUCUACACCAAACACCUCGCUCAGUCCAGUUUGCUGCUGAACCACCUGCUGGAGUCCUGGGACAGCAGCAGCAAGAAGGUGCAGCAGUCACUGCAGGAAACGGUUCGCUCCUUCAAGGUGACAAACGAGGAGCUGGCAGCCAGGGGGGACACGGACGUGGCAGCCUGUGACACUGCCUGCAAGGAGCUGCUGUGCAAGAUGAAGGGCGGGGGCUUCCCCUGGUCCCGGCUGCUGCUCGUCCUGCUGCUCUGCGCUGCUGCCUUCGUCCUGCACGACGUGCAGACACACGGCUCCUUCCAGGCCUCGUCCUGUGCCCGGCUGCUCCGCUCCUCCGGCGUGCUGCCCGCCUCCCAGCUGGCCUGGCAGAAGGUGUCCCGUGCCUGCCUGCAGGGCUACAGGUGGCUGGAGCACAGCCUGGCCCAGCACGGCUCCGUGGCCCUGUCUGUGCUGUGGCCACAGCUGGAGCUGCUCUGGAAAACGAGCGCUGAGGUGGCCCGGGCUGUGACCCAGCAGGGCUGCUCCCUGCUCUCCUGGCUCCACGGCGGCCUGCCCUGGCUCAGCGACUGGCUGCAGAGCCGGCUCCCCGAGGCGCUGCUGCACCUGGCCGAGUGUGCGCGGGAGCUGCUGCUGUUCGUGCUGCACAGCUGCCUGCUGCCGCUGCUGCAGGGCCUGGCUGCGGUGCUGCAGCGGGGCUGGCAGAGCUGCCUCGACUCCUGCAGUGGGGACGUGACGUGGCAGUGCGUGAGGGACCACUUGGUGAGCUUCACCCAUUCCUCCUGGAUUUACCUGCAGAACGCCACCCUGGCCCUCAAAAACUGGGCCCUGGCCGUGAUCUCUGGACACUGAGCUGCUCUCUGGAGGGCACCCCGUGUUCUGGCUGCCGAGGGGUGCCCGGGGCGCAGGGCAGUGCCCGCAGGAACUUGGGGUCCCAUCGGGGCUUCUGGGGAGGUUUGUUUUUUUUGGGGAGACCCGCGUCCAGGUUUUUCCACCCCCUGUGACCGCUCUGGCUUUCCCUGUCCCUCUGUCCCUGGGUGGGUGGGUGGGUGGUCCCCAUCCCCUCGUGUUUCACCUGCUGACAGGAUCAGGGGUGGAGCCCCUCACCUUCCCAGCCCUCCCCACCAAUGAACGAACUGAUUUAUUUUAUUAUUUUUUUCCUUA